AUGGUCAGAAGUAAAUCGCAGGAGUUGCGGCUAACGAGUGCGUCUGCAGAGAACAUAUUCUUUGGGCUUCCUGAGCGGCGGAAAUCGCAGGACACGCGUGCCUCGAUUCAAUUUAGACGUUGUUCACAACACGACCGAAAACCUUCAAUGGACAAGCGGAUGGCGCAAGAGAGGCAAGAUGUCGAGUUUGCUUUGACGGGUGUCAUGCCAGUGGCAUACACCACCGGACAAUUGACUGAAAAUGAGUACGGGGAAGCCGAUGAAAAAUUGGGAGAUGGACAGCUUAAAGGUGUAGGGGAUGACCCCAACGUCGUACGAAUAGAGGGCGACAAAGCCGACUAUGACGAUGAAGCCGUACUGUACGAAGACCUUAGUAGAGCACAACAAAUAAGAUACAACAUCUACAUCUUUUUAAGUGAUGGUAGCUCGUCGCAAAUGGCGCAAUUCUGGGCGUUGUGGAUCCUUACCUGUACGUUGGUGUCUGUUCUGAAUAUCAUCCUGGAGAGUGUAGAGUCGAUCCGGAUUUGGGGCCAGGAGAACGGAAAUUUUUUCUUCGUGAUUGAAACCUUCGUGGUGAUUUUCUUCAUCAUCGACUAUUUCGGGCGACUUUUCACCUGUCCGAGGCUCAAGCCAUUUUUGUGGGAUUUCCUGAACUUUAUAGAUUUUAUGGCAAUCGUGCCUUGGUUCAUCGAAGUUGUCCUCAUUAUGAUAGGUGAAACCGGCGCCAACAACGUGAAGGGACUAGCUGCCCUACGUGUGGUGCGCCUGAUACGAAUCGUUCGCUUAGUCAAGCUGGGCAAAAGCUCUUUGCUGUUCCGAUUGUUCCUCAACGCGAUGACCAAGGGAAGAGAUGGCGUGAUGUUCUUGAUCUUUAUUAUGGGCAUCCUGACUGUUUUCUACAGCACCCUGAUCUUUUACGCCGAGACAGCCGGUUGUGACCUAGAUGAGAACGGCAUGUGGGUUUAUGUACGAGGCGAUGCGGUCGGCGAGGAAACGUAUUUCCAGAACAUCCCCGUAUCUUUCUGGUGGUGUAUUGUGACGCUGACCACGGUGGGGUAUGGUGACAGCUUCCCAGUGACCAAUCUGGGUAGGAUGGUAGCGGCAAUAACCAUGGUCAGUGCCAUAGUGGUCCUAGCCUUUCCGGUCACAAUUUUAGGUCACGCGUUUGGUGAGGCUGCAGCGGAGUACAACAUCGAGAAGCGGAUGCUGAUGAACAAAAAAGUAAAGUCCGGUACAACAGAUACCGACGGCGACGAUGAGGAAGCGGCAAUGCCCGAGGUCGGAUUAACAAACGAAGAAGCGAAGAUCCGUCAUUACAUGGAUCUACAGUUAGAAGCCGAGGCAAUCAGGCGAGAUAUUGACGAACUUGAGGAGGCCUUGCGAGAAAUCCAGAUCGCUCAGAAGCUUACAAUUAUGCAGGUUUCGAAAGACUUGGCAUCCAGGAGGGAUCUGCGCACUUUGAGAGGGACCAAAACAGUUGCGUAUGGGCAGACAUCAGGUAUCACAAUCAAGCCCACAGACAGCGGCUUGUCGAACACGUCCAGCAAAGGUGAAGAAAGCCGCGGCGGUAAUCUACUGAAGAGAAUUGUAUCACGGAAGAAAAGCGGGCCGGAUGCUCGCUUAGUGCAUAUCGACUCGGACCCAGAAGCCAAACAAACUAAAGACGGACUAUGUGUAGAUGAGCCUUUUGCCGGCGAUAAUGUCUACGUCGAUGUAUACGAGGGAUCUAUCGAUGGGAUGCGGGAACGGUUAAAACGUGGUAUUCCAAAGACAGCAACCAAUCAGAAGGAACCCCAUUUAAACGUCCCUAGCCCAGGCCAGCAGAGCGGCCAAAGGGGAAGGGAUGAGCAUACGAAAAAUAACAACAAACAUAGCAACGAAUGCAGCAACUAUAAACGACAAGGCGGUGAACGCACGGAUGAUGGGAAGGUGCACGGUAUUGGGUGCAAUUGUGGUUCCUUAAAAAGAUGUGCAACCCGUAUGUACAAGCCAGGUGGAAUGGGGGAGGUGACAGAAGCUAUCGCCCCGUUGAAUGCUCGUGAAAAUUCUAGUGCUAGCUCAGACGCGCACUUGGAUAUGAAUGCGACCCCUGCUCUGAUGCCAGGUAAGAGCGUCUCGAGUGGAAAGGGGAAGGAAAAGAAUACAGUUGGAAAUAUAAAUAGACAUAGCUCACUGGCAAUAACUUCAGUCGACAGCAUGGUACCGUUGACCUCGUCAAGGCAAGAUGUGAUGGGUAGCGGCAGCAGGAGGAGUCUCGAUAGUAGUUCUAACGCAUCGGAUGGCUUAGAAAGUGAGACACAUGUGUAGAACAUGUGUUCGGUGACGCCUGGGUCCAGGAGACUCCUCGCAAAAAUUGAUGCCACAAACCACAUACAAAAUAAAAAUCGAAAAAUGUCACAGACUUGACGCAGUCAGCUGUAGGCUUGGAGUAUAUGAGAUAUAUCGUUGCCAUCAGUGGUUGACAAAAG